CGGGAUGCGUCACUUCCGGGCCGCUGCGGGGGGAGCUCCGGGCCCGCGGGAGAGCCGGCUACAGAAUAAUGUUCACAUUUCGCUGCAGAUCAUCCCCUCCUCCCAGCGGGAAGGAAAUGGCUUCAAUGGAGCUGGCUCAGGGGCUGGUGACUUUCGAGGAGGUGGCUGUGUAUUUCACCAAGGGGGAAUGGGCUCUGCUGGACCCCACUCAGAGAGCCCUCUACAGGGAUGUCAUGCAGGAGAACUAUGAAACGGUGGUCUUGUUGGGGUUUCCAGUUUCCAAACCUGAUGUGAUCUCGCAGCUGGAACGAGGGGAAGAGCCGUGGGUCCCGGACCUCCAGGGCUCUGAGAAAGAAGUGCUCCCAAGAGCUGCCUUCACAGGUGUUGGGAUGGUGAAUGAGAAUGAGGAGGAGAAACCCCAUCAGGAAGAUGCUGAGCAAGUAGAACCACAUGGAAUGUUAUCAGGAAGAUCCAAAGGGAAUGUUUUCGGGAGUAGUGCACUCCGAGAAAAAGCAAAAGCCUCAGAAUCAACUUGA